CCCGCCCACAUGCUCCGCCGCCGUCGCGUGCGCCUCCGUCGCCCCGCGCACAAGGGCAUGCGAGCCGGCUUCUCUCUCUCUCUCUCUGAGCCUUGAACAACUGCUAGCCCGGCCUCUACUAGCCCACGCUUCCUUCGCCACGUCUACCCCACCGCCUCUGCGCGCAUUAUGGCCGCCGUAGACCCCGCGUGCGCUGCGGCGCAAGACGGCACGUACGCCUGCUUCUUCUACGGCACGCUCAUGCACCCACAGGUCCUCGCGCGCAUCCUCGCCUGCGCCGACGGCGGAGCGCAUCUCGGCGUGCAAGUGGCCCUGCUGCCCUCGUACGUGGCGCAUCGCGUCUCGCACGCCGAGUAUCCGGGCCUUGCCCCUUGCCGCACCGCCACCGCCGCAAGCGCCGCAAGCAGCGCGGCAGCCAGCUGCGUGCGCGGCGUCGUCGUGCGUGGCCUCACGGCGCACGACGUGGCGGCGCUGGAUGCGUUCGAGGGCGACGAGUAUGUGCGUGCGCCCGUGCAGGCGCUCGUGCUAGGCGCGCCCGUGCCCAACUCGCUGCGCGUGGCGCGCGACUUGCCGCAUCUCUUUGCGCACCUGUCGCCGGAGCGCAUCGCGCGCCUGCUGCAGCAGCAAGGCGAGCAGCGGGGAGAGGAGAGCAUGGUGAGGAGGGAGACGGUGCAGACGUACCUCUGGCGCGACGGCGAGGGAUUGCUCGAGCAGGAAUGGCGCUGGGAACACUUCGUCGACGCGCACGCACGGCGCUGGGUGAGCGGCGAACGCAACUGAAGUAGGCGGGUAGCGGCGGGGCG